AGCAAAUCGGACCAGAAAAAGGUCAAGGUUCAGGAACCUGUCCAGAAAGAGGUGAAGAAUGAGGCACCAAAAAAGUCUGCCCUUUCAAAGAAGCCAGCUGCUACCAAGAAGGUACAGUUCAGAAUCAUGGUUGGUUCCUACGAACACAAUCUUAUGUGUUUAUCUGUGAUUCUAGGUGGAGCAAGCGAAGCUGUGUUCCAGAGAAUCUUCCACUUCCAAGCACACGCUCUUUCCAUCAAAUCUAUUGACAUAGCCAAGCGUUACUUGGUGACUGGCUCCAAUGACGAACAUAUCAAGAUUUAUGAUUUACAGAAAAGAAAGGAGUUGGGUGACUUAUUGGGCCACCAGGGUACUAUCACAGCAUUGAAGUUCUCCAACGAGGGAGUUAUCGACCAAGAUUCUACUGACAAGUCUGGUAAGUGGCUCUUGUCGGGAUCCGAAGAUGGUAAAAUUAUAAUAUGGAGAACCAAGGACUGGGAAAUGUUCGGUACUUUGAAGGGUCACCAGGGGCAAGUCAAUGAUAUAGCGAUCCACCCAUCAGGAAGAGUCGCAAUCUCGGUGUCUGAGGAUCAGACUAUCCGUUUAUGGAACUUGAUGACCGUGAAGAAGGCGGCAGUCUUGAAGAUUAAGGGAAGAGACCACUUGGGAGAGAAAGGAGAAUUUGUGAGAUGGUCCCUCGAUGGUAACUACUUCAUUGUCGGAUUGUUGAACCAAAUCUUAGUCUACAAGACCUCCACUGCCAAGAUCGUGUUCAAGAUGAAGUUUCCUUCUACCUUAAUGAGCUUAAAGGUAUUGAAGGUCAACAACAAGGAAUACGUCGUUACCGGCCUUGGCAAUGGUCUUAUCCAAUUUUACGAUUAUGAAGAACAGAUUUUGAAGAGCACUUUAGAAGACGAAAAGGUCUGGGAGGCCAAGGCAGAGGUCGUGGAGCCAGAAUUCCAAUUAAGAGGGCAUACCAACCGUAUCAAGGACUUGAGCUACUACAACCAUCCGAUCGAAACCAACGGUACUCCAUACCUUGUUUCUGUUGGUUCAGAUAGCAGAAUUGUCAUCUGGGAUCUUUCUGAGGGUGUUAAGGAUCAAGUUGCUGUUUACGAUACUGGUGAAAGAUUGAACUGUGUUGUCACCUGCGCUGAAACUGUCGAAAAGUCCUCAACCAUGAAGAGAAGAUUCAACUCGCUUGAAGAAAUGAAUGGCGAGGAAGCAGGAUUUAGUGAGUCGGAAUACGAGACUGAUGGCGAAGAAAUCAAGAAGAUCAUGAUGCCUAAAAAGAAAGGUAAGAAGAACAAGAACAAGAACAAGGUCCAGGUUACCUUGGAGUAGGCUAGCAUAUAGAGUAAUAAAGUCUACAGAAACAAAAGGUAGGUCG